ACAAGACAUACCUCAUGGAUUUGUACCUUGUUGGAUAUAUAAUGUGCAUGUGGUUGUCCAGCUCUCGGGUGCUUGGAGGCUAUCCCAUCUGGUGGUCCCUAGCUCUGGGGCAGCAGUACUCAUCCCUGGGCUCCCAGCCCAUCCUGUGUGGCUCCAUCCCUGGCCUGGUGCCCAAGCAGCUGCGCUUCUGCCGCAACUACAUCGAGAUCAUGCCCAGCGUGGCCGAGGGCGUCAAACUGGGCAUCCAAGAGUGCCAGCAUCAGUUCCGUGGCCGUAGAUGGAACUGCACCACCAUAAAGGACAACCUGGCCAUCUUCGGCCCUGUUCUAGACAAAGCCACUAGAGAGUCUGCAUUUGUCCAUGCAAUUGCCUCAGCUGGGGUAGCAUUUGCAGUGACCCGCUCAUGCGCAGAGGGCACCUCCACCAUGUGUGGUUGUGAUUCACACCACAAAGGGCCACCAGGUGAAGGCUGGAAGUGGGGUGGCUGUAGCGAAGAUGCUGAGUUUGGGGUUUUGGUGUCUCGAGAGUUUGCUGACGCCAGAGAAAACCGACCAGAUGCACGUUCAGCCAUGAACCGGCACAAUAAUGAAGCUGGACGAAUGACCAUCCUGGAGAACAUGCACUUACGCUGCAAAUGCCACGGCUUGUCGGGCAGCUGUGAGGUGAAGACGUGCUGGUGGGCACAGCCUGACUUCCGGCUGCUGGGUGACUACCUGAAAGACAAGUACGACAGCGCAUCUGAAAUGGUGGUGGAGAAGCACCGGGAGUCACGUGGGUGGGUAGAGACACUGCGGGCGAAGUACGCCUUCUUCAAGCACCCAACCGAGCGAGACCUGGUGUAUUACGAGGGUUCACCCAACUUCUGUGAGCCCAACCCAGAGACUGGUUCCUUCGGCACACGCGAUCGCGUCUGCAAUGUCUCUUCCCAUGGUAUUGAAGGCUGCGACCUGCUCUGCUGUGGCCGCGGCCACAACACACGAACUGAGAAGCGCAAGGAGAAGUGCCACUGCAUCUUCCAUUGGUGCUGCUAUGUCAGCUGCCAGGAGUGUGUACGAGUCUACGAUGUACACACGUGCAAAUGAGGCUUGGGAAAGUGGCGGGGGGUGGGAGACUGCGGACAUGGAGAGAGUGAAAAAGGGACGGUGAGACAUAGGACUUCAGAAUGCAGGCACCCCCUGCACAUCGCACUCUCAUGCUCAUAAGUAUCACCAUGACGAACACAGCACACACAAACAGUAGGUAGUGGCACUUCUGUACUGGAACUUUUUAACAUCCUUCAAUGACUGCCAACCCCUUUCUACUGGAGCAAAGGUCCGAGGAAGAAUCACAUAAUAAUCGUGUGAUGACCGUUAUCAUUCCACUUGCAUUCCUU